AUGGCCGAGUCGGAGCUCAAGUGGCCCGCUGCGCGCGUGCGCAAGACCUUUCUCGAGUACUUUGAGCAGAGGGGUCACACAAUUGUGCCCUCUUCAUCAGUCGUCCCUCACAAUGACCCCACCCUGCUCUUCACCAAUGCGGGCAUGAACCAGUUCAAGCCCAUCUUCCUCGGCACCAUUGGCAAGACCGAUCCCAUGGCCGGCAUGAAGGCCGCUGUCGACAGUCAGAAGUGUAUCCGUGCUGGUGGCAAGCACAACGAUCUCGACGACGUCGGCAAGGAUAGCUAUCACCACACAUUCUUCGAGAUGUUGGGUAACUGGUCUUUCGGCGACUACUUCAAGAAGGAGGCCGUUUCAUAUUCAUGGGAGCUUCUCACAAAGGUGUACGGUCUGGAUCCCUCUCGCCUGUACGUCACAUACUUUGAGGGUGAUGAGAAGUUGAAGCUGGAGCCUGAUCUGGAGGCCAAGGAGCUCUGGCUGUCCGUUGGUGUCCCUGAAGACCACAUCCUUCCUGGAAACAUGAAGGAUAACUUCUGGGAGAUGGGUGACCAGGGUCCUUGCGGUCCUUGCAGUGAGAUUCACUACGACAAGGUUGGUGGCCGAAACGCUGCAAGCCUAGUCAACAUGGAUGACCCCAUGGUUGUUGAGGUUUGGAACAACGUUUUCAUGCAAUACGACCGUCAAAAGGAUGGUAGCCUCAAGUCUCUGCCCGCCAAGCACAUCGACACCGGUAUGGGCUAUGAGCGACUCGUCUCUGCCCUCCAGGACACAGUCUCUAACUAUGCCACCGACUGCUUCACUCCUCUUUUCAAGAAGAUCCAGGAAGUCACCGGCGCUCGACCCUACGCCGACAAGUACGGUAAGGAUGAUGCCGAUGGCAUUGACACUGCCUACCGUGUAGUUGCUGAUCACAUUCGAACCCUCUCUUUCUCCAUCGCUGACGGUGCCGUUCCCAACAACGAUGGCCGAGGUUACGUCGUUCGACGUGUGUUGCGACGUGGUGUUCGAUACGCCCGAAAGUACUUCAACGCCGAUAUCGGUGCUUUCUUCUCCAAGAUCCUCCCUGCCCUUGUAGACCAAAUGGGCGAGCAAUUCCCCGAGCUCGUCAAGAAGCAGCAAGACAUCAAGGAGAUUCUUGAUGAGGAGGAGGUUGCCUUCGCCAAGACUCUGGAUCGUGGUGAGGCUCAAUUCGAGAAGUAUGCUGCUGAGGCUAUCAAGGACGGUGCCAAGAAGCUCAAGGGUGAUGUUGUCUGGCGACUUUACGACACCUUCGGUUUCCCCGUCGAUCUUACCCGACUGAUGGCCGAGGAGCGCAACCUCGAGAUUAACGACGAGGAAGUCAAGGCUGCCCAGGACAAGGCUCGCGAAGCCAGUAAGGCAGUCAAGGAGUCCGUCCAGACCUUCGCCAAGCUCAACGUCCACCAGAUCUCCGAGCUUGAGAAGGAACUCAAGGUUGAGCGAACCAACGACGAUGCCAAGUUUGUCCAGGGUGACAGCACUGGUCAAGUCCAGCUUAUCUACGACGGCAAGACAUUCCUCAAAUCAACCAAGGAUGUCCCUGAGAAGACUGCUCUUGGUCUUCUGGUUGACAAGACCAACUUCUACGCCGAGUCAGGUGGUCAGGUCGCUGAUACUGGACGCAUCGUCAUUGACGAUGUUGCCGAGUUCAAGGUUCUUGAUGUUCAGAACUACGGUGGCUACAUCCUCCACAACGGUUACAUCGAGUACGGUGCCUUGUCUUCUGGAGACAAGGUCAUCUGCGAGUACGAUGAGCUUCGCCGAUCGCCCAUCCGCAACAACCACAGUGGCACUCACAUCCUGAACCACUCUCUGCGAGAGGUUCUCGGUGAUGAGGUCAACCAGAAGGGUUCUCUUGUGGAUAACGAGAAGCUCCGUUUCGAUUUCUCUCACAAGACCGGUGUCAAGAUUGAGGAGCUCAAGAAGAUCGAGGAUAUGUCCAACGAGUACAUCCGUCGUGGCGACAAGAUCUACUCCAAGGAAGUUGACCUGGAGAAGGCCCGCGCCAUUGAGGGUUGCCGUGCUGUCUUUGGCGAGACCUACCCCGAUCCCGUCCGUGUUGUCUCCAUCGGCAAAGAUAUCGAUGAGAUGCUUGCCGACCCCAAGAAGCCCGAGUGGCGCCAGUACAGUGUUGAGUUCUGUGGUGGUACCCACGUCGAGCAGACCGGUCUGAUCAAGGACCUCAUCCUCAUUGAGGAGAGCGGUAUCGCAAAGGGUAUCCGUCGUAUCAUCGCCUACACUGGCGAGGCUGCUCACCAGGUUCAGCGUGAGGCCGAUGAGUUCUCCAAGAAGAUUGACGCUCUUGACCAGCUGCCUUUCGGUCCUGAGAAGGAGGCUCAGAUGAAGGCUGUGAGCGUGGAGCUCAGCCAGCUGACCAUCUCUGCCUUGACCAAGGACUCUUUCAACCAGCGUUACCAGAAGAUCAACGCCGCUGUCACUGCUGAGCAGAAGAAGCGCCAGAAGGCUGAGUCCAAGGUUGCUCUCGAUACUGUCAAGAAGCACUUCGACACCAACAAGGAUGCUAAGUGGUUUGUUGGCCGCCUGCCCGUCAGCGCCACCUCCAAGGCUCUGAUGGAGGUUGUCAAGCACUACCAGGGUAAGGAUAAGGAGAAGACUGUCUACGUCUUUGGUGGCAGCCCUGAGGAGGGCGCUGUUGCCCACGGUGUCUAUGUCGGAACUCACCUUAAGGACCAGGGUGUCACUGCCGAGCAAUGGGCUGCUUCCGUGUCCGAGGUCGUUGGUGGCCGCUCCGGUGGUAAGGAGCCUACACGACAAGGCCAGGGUACCAAGCCUGAGAACCUCGACGAGGGUGUUGAGACUGCUACCAAGUGGCUCAACGAGAAGCUCAAGCUGUAA